AGAACGAAGGACGCACAAGAGUGAUCAGCAGCCAGUCAGAGGAAGGAUCUCUGGAUAGGUAGACCUGGAAUGAAACGGCUUUCCACCAGAGCUUUGUUUCUACGCUCCAGGAUGUGUCUCCGCACUCUCCUCCUUCGGUCGUUCCUGAUUGCAGCCUUCUUCAGCGAAGCUCAUGGCAAACUGAGCUACAUGAGUUUCCACGAUGUCUCCGCCCCAACUGCUUGGACCUGGGCAGAGUCCACCAGAGUCAGUGAAAGCCAGGUAAUACCAGAGAACUAUGCCGAGAUCUCUUUCUGUUACUGGGUGAAGUUUACGGUGAUCAAAGUCUACAGCGUCCCAUUGAAGUACGGGCAAGCUAUAUCGGCUGCACAUGGAGCGGAACAAAUCACGCUAUACAUUGGCCAUGAUGAACAAAUCUUUGACCACAAAGCCAAGUACCUGUCUUGGGUCUUCUACUGCUUUGCUAUUGAUGGACGAAAUCAGUCAGCGACUCUUUAUGUGGAUGGGAUUUUUCAAGAAAGAAAACCGUAUUUCGAAUCAGAAAACUCAGAAUUGUUUCCAAACAAUCCUUCUGUAGUCCUAAGCUCUUGCUCAGAGGACAAGUGGAUGGCCCUGAUGGGAGAUCUUGCCGACGUUACAGUCUGGCUGGAUGUUCUCAGCGACGAGGAAGUUAAAAACGUUUCCAACUGUCUUUCAUUGACCAAAGAGCCUCUCUUCAGCUUUAGUAAGUCUAACUGGGCCAUGAAUGGCACCGCUAUCUGGGUACACACGGAAGCGGCGGACAAUAUUUGUGAGCUCAUCCCUCACUCAGAGACAAACAUAGUAUUUAUGCCCCAAAUCCGUCCAGAGGGAGUGGAGUUUUGUCACAUAUUGGGUGGUGAACUCCCGGUACCACAGAAUGAGCGAGAGAACUUAUUACUGCGGGAAGCCUCCCAGGCUUUUGCUGCUUCUAUGGGCGCGAGGGAGUUCGUCGUUCACUUGGGUAUCAUAAAGCACAAUGGCACAUGGUUAAACAGUUACACAAAGAAUAAACAAAAGUUCUUCAAAUGGCCAAAUUUCGGUCCAAUGUACGGUGAGUUAGAUACUGACAUGGUCUAUGAUAUUACAGGUGAUUACUGGUUUGGAGUCUUACCUUCUGAGUCUUUCCCGGUGCCCUGCGUCUUACCUGCAACAGAAUUUAUACUAAGAGGUUUAUGCAAAGAGUCCCUGCUAGGCAAAAGUCUGUGGCUUCAUAAGACGAAUGGCAAUCAGUUGAUGUUCCGUUCCCCAACUGGCACGACCCUGGCAAACAAGAGAGGAACGUGGCUCUUGGAAUCUCUUCUAGACGUUGACUGCAAUGGUAAAUUAUCAGCUGAAAUGAACCCUCUCCCAUUCGGACUUAAGAAAUGGACACUGAAAGAUGAGAAAUGUUUCCUGGAUGAUCAAGAAACACCUCUGAUGCUGACAAAGGGCCUGAGCACCCAGUUCACAUGCGGUGACUUCCAGUGCAUACCCAUCGCCCAGCUGUGUGACCAAAAGGCCGACUGCCCAGACGGCGUUGACGAGUCGGGUUGCUUUAACAAGACCUACUUCCCCAGCUCCUAUGCACCGACCCCUCCUCCGUCUACCCCAGACCAGCCUUUCGAAAUUGAAUGCAGCAUCUCCAUCAUCAACUAUCGAAGCAUAGACAUCAAAGACAUGGACGCAGAGCUGGAUCUCAUCCUACUCAUCCGUUGGAAAGACCCGAGAGUUAUCUACCAACAUUUGAAGAGUGAGCCGGAAGAAAAUGUCAUAGGCCGCUUAGGUGACUCUUUCCCGGUGUGGACGCCCGCCAUUUCUGUCAGAAGUUUCCUUGGGGCAGAAGCUGAAUUGAAGAUCACCGAAAAAUUUCUGAUGCUCGAGAUGACCGGUGGGCCAAUGCCGGAUAAUCUGGCCAUUGUUUCGGAAGGCGUACGAUAUUCCUCCAAGUCCGUCACCCAGCUGAUGAUCAUCAAGGCCUACGUCAAGUACAUCUUUGAUCCAGAUCUCCAUCUAUUCCCCUUUGACGAGCAGGAAUGCCGCCUCUUCAUCCGAUUCCACGCGGGUCCGGGAACCAUCCUCCGCGCGGGCACACUGGACACGAUCGAACCACCUUACAGGACAAAUCUCUUGGAAUAUGCUGUUGUCCACUUAAGCCUAGAACUACGGAACAGCUCCUUACCCUUCUCUGGACAUAACGUCCUUCUCUCCACGACCUUUGCCCACCGUUAUGGUUACUACCUCCUCAGCAUCUACUUGCCGACGAUGCUGCUGACUGUCAUCGCCUAUUUCACUCUUUACUUCGAAAAAGACGACUUCAGCGACCGCAUCAUGGUGGCGCUGACGUCCCUCCUCGUACUCUCGACGUUCCUGUCGACGGCUUCGGCAUCCAUGGCGCGCGUUUCGUACUUCACCCUGAUCGACAUUUGGUUGACUUUCUGCAUCGUUAUAGCGUUUCUCAUUUGCCUCACGAACACCGGAUUACACUGGUUGUUGCUCAAAUCACAAGAAAAGGACACUGUAUGGAAAGUUAGUCCGUUGGAAAGUGUGAAAAUUAGCGCCAUUUUGAAAUUAGAAAACUCGUCGAAGCUGAAACUCAUUAAAUGGUUCGAUCACAUUAACUUCAUCGCUAAAAUCUUCUUCCCUGCUGUCAUUGGACUCUUUGUCGGCUUUUACGUCAUCGUUGCUGGUAAUGGUUGGUAAACUUUCAUUCAUAAAAAAUUAUUGGUGAAUUCCUGUUGAUUGAAGAAAAUUCCAAAUCUUUUACAACGAUGGCUUUAAAUUUAAAAAUGGAACUACAUAUAUUAGUAUAGCUUCUAUUUACAACGAUGGCUUUAAAAAUGGAACUACAUUAGUAUAGCUUCUAAGUAAACUCUUUUGGAAUGUAUUUGAAAAAUCAUACUACCCGGUGUAUUGAUAUAAUAAAAUGAAACAAUGGUACGAAAGUACCAUUUUAGUUGAAGUUAAGCACUAAUUAUGUAAUCUUUGAAAAGCAUUAACAAUGUCACAAUGGAUUUUAAGCUACAUUAAAUCUGUCACUGGAUUUAGUCAUAAAUCAGUUUUAGAGAACUCAA